AUCUUAUCUCCCCUGUUCGCUCUCUCUCUCUCUUACACACACACACACACACUCUGUUGGAGCUCUCACCAUGAAUCUGGAAAUGAUUCAACUGAUCCUGGUCCUAAUUCUCAUCUCUCUCUUGAAAUUCAUACACAAAAUCAUCUGGGUACCACUCAGAAUACAAAAUCACUUCAGAAAACAAGGCAUUGGAGGCCCUAGCUACUGCCCCAUCUCCGGCAACACUGCCGAGAUGAGGCGGCAUAUGACGGCAGCAGCCUAUUCAAGCCCAAUCCCUUUCAACCACGACAUAGUUCACAGGGUGAUUCCACACUACUACAACUGGUCAAGGGUUUAUGGCAAGACGUUCGUGUAUUGGUUCGGGUCAAAGCCGAGUCUGGCCAUAGCCGAACCGGACAUGAUCAGAGAGGUUUUGCUGAACAUCAGUGGUUCGAUUGAGAAAGUUGGGUUGGACCCUUUGUUUAAGCUGCUUUUUGGAGGUGGACUUGCCGACUUGUCGGGUGAGAAGUGGGUUGUUCAUAGAAGGAUCACUAGCCAGGCCUUUAACAUGGAGAGAAUUAAGGGUUGGAUGCCAGAAAUUGUUGCUAGUACUAUGCAAAUGUUGGACAAAUGGGAGGAAGAAAGAGGGGGCAGAGAAGAAUGGGAGGUGGAGGUGCACAAAGAACUCCAUAACCUCGCAGCCGAGGUAAUAUCUAGAACAGCUUUUGGGAGUAGUUUUGAAGAGGGAAAGCGCAUUUUUAAAUUACAAGAACAGCAAACUAGCCUCGUCUUGGAGGCCCUUCGCAGUGGCUACAUUCCUGGAUUCAGGUUUUUGCCCACCAAGAAGAACAGAAUGAUGUGGAGAUUAGAGAGGGAUACUCGAGACUCGAUAAGGAUGCUGAUUGAGAGUAGCAGCAAAACAAGAUACAAGUCAAAUGAAAAUUCGAAAAAGCUAAUUACUUUGUUAAUGUCUGCAUAUAAGAAUGAGAAUGGGGAAGAAGAAAAAUUAAGUAUAGAGGAAAUCAUAGACGAAUGCAAGACUUUCUACUUUGCAGGAAAGGAAACAACUGCUAAUCUUUUGACUUGGGCACUUCUCCUUCUAGCACUGCAUCAAGAAUGGCAGACCAAGGCACGGGCAGAAGUGCUUCGAAUCUGUGGAGACAAUGAGCUUCCCACUGCUGAGAAUUUAAUGGACUUCAAGAUUGUAAGUUUAAUUUCUGCUUAUUUUGUACUGUUUUGUUGCUGUAACUAGAAGUUUGAGCCUGGAUAAGAAUUCAAUCGCAUUUCUUCCUCUUAAAUUACUAAUUAAUCUGAUCACAAUGAGAAGUUGCAUUGUUUCUUGUUCCUGUUAAACUUGGCCCCACUGUUUCAUGUACUGCUGAGAACUUGGCUGAGGGAUGGGACAGUUCGAUGAAAGAGAAUAGAUGACAAAUAAUUAGAGGAGAAGAACAUGUUGCUAUAGAUGUAUGAUGACGAUGUGCUUAAAAUUGAUAGUAGUGGGUUGGCUAUGCUUCAUGAUUCGAGAUAUACUUGAAACGACUGAUAAGGUAGGUAUGAUACUGAAGGAAGCACUUCGACUCUACCCUCCAAUUGUGUUGUUGGCUAGGCAAAACUGCAGAAAUGUGAAGCUAGGGGUCCUUAACCUUCCAGCCAACACACUACUACUUUUGCCCUUGGCUGCAAUCCAUCACGCCACUGAGAUCUGGGGAGAAGAUGCAAACGAGUUCAACCCAAUGAGAUUUGCUGAGCCUCGCAACCAUUUGGCCUCUUUUUUGCCCUUUGCGUUAGGCUCCAGAAACUGUGUGGGUCAAAAUCUGGCCAUGGUUGAGGCAAAAAUCGUAUUGGUCAUGAUCAUCAAACACUAUUCCUUUGCAGUAUCACAUUCUUAUGUUCAUGCCCCACUAGCAGUUAUAGCUGUGCAGCCUCAGUAUGGUGCCCAAAUAAUCUUUAGAAAGUAUUGAGAUAGGUUUGAAAUGAGAUUAGUGAUUUUGUUUGUAUGUUUAAGAAGUGCCUCUUUAUCCUGUCUACAUACAAAUGUUCUUUUAGUAUCCUGAAAGCAUAGAUAAGUCAGGUCUGUUUAAACCUUGACUUUUUUUUAACUUGUUUAUGCAGUAGUUUGUUGGACCCAAAAAGGCAUAUUUAAGUUGAUUUUAUAAGCUU